GAGGUCCACGCGACGGCUGUGGUCCACCCGAACGCAGAACUCGGGCCUAACGUCCUGGUGGGACCGUACUCCGUCAUAGGACCAGACGUGGUGCUGGAGGCGGACGUCCGACUGCAGAGUCACGUGGUGAUCGACGGCAAGACGCGCGUCGGCAGCGGCACUGUCAUUCACCCGUUCGCGAGCUUGGGGGGCGAGCCGCAGGACAAGAAGCACCGGAUGUACGAGGCCAAGGGCUCGAGCGACCUGACGCUGACUGUGGGCAGCGACUGUGUCAUCCGGGAGCACGUGACGGUGCACGGCAGCACCUCGUACUCGGACGCGCCCACGUCCGUCGGCGACGACUGCUGGCUGCUGUGUGGUGCGCAUGUGGCGCAUGACGCGCAGCUCGGUAGACGGGUCGUGGUCUCCAACAACGUGUGCAUCGCUGGCCAUGUGUCCAUUGGAGACGGAGCUAUCAUCGGAGGACAGGUUGGCCUCAAGCAGCACGUGAGCGUGGGCCGACUGGCCAUGAUCGGCGGACAGAGUGCUGUGGACGGCGACGUGCUCCCGUACGGACUGGUUGUUGGCAACCGCGCGAAGCUUGCUGGACUGAACCUUGUGGGGCUGCGGCGCGCUGGAGUGUCGAGAAGCAACAUCAAGCUGCUGCUGCGAGUGUACCGCUACAUUUUUGGAGCGUCGGCGUGCAAGAAGACGGGCUUUGCACCAGCACUCGAGUACGUUUAG